CGAGCAGCGCCAGCAUGCCGAGCACAUAUUCUUGUCAUUCAGGAAGUCAAAGUCACCGUUUGCCGUUUGCAAGCAUAUUUUGGUUCUUCAUGCUUUGGAAGUAACAGUUGAAGAGAGGUGAGGAAAGUUUGUGACAAUUGUGAUCGGUGACUAGCUGCCACCUGCCUGAGGUGUCUUCUGAGAGGAACUAACCUCUUUGUGGUGCUAGAGCAAGGUCACUGGAUAAAAAAGGAACAGAAACGAGUAAAGUGGACUAUGUCCUCUUCCAAGCUGCCACGGCCAUCAUGGAGGCCGUGGUCCGAGAGUGGAUUCUCCUGGAGAAGGGCGUUAUCGAGUCCCUACGCACCUUCCUCCUGAACUAUGUCCUGCAGAGGCCUCACCUCCAAAAGUAUGUUCGGGAACAGAUUCUAUUAGCAGUAGCAGUAAUUGUAAAACGAGGAUCAUUAGAUAAAUCAAUUGACUGCAAAAGCAUUUUUCAUGAAGUCAGCCAGUUGAUAAGUAGUGGCAACCCCACUGUGCAAACUCUGGCCUGUUCAAUUCUCACUGCACUGUUGAGUGAAUUCUCAAGUUCAAGUAAAACGAGCAACAUUGGACUGAGUAUGGAGUUCCAUGGUAACUGCAAAAGAGUUUUCCAGGAGGAAGACCUCCGCCAGAUCUUCCUGCUGACGGUGCAGGUGCUGCAGGAGUUCAGCCAGCGGGAGCACCUUAGCGCCCAGAUGUCGUCCGUGUUCCAGCGCUACCUCGCUCUGGCCAACCACGUCCUCAGCUGGAACUUCCUGCCUCCAAACCUGGGCAGACAUUAUAUAGCCAUGUUUGAGUCCUCACAGAACGUGCUCCUGAAGCCGACGGAGUCCUGGCGGGAGGCCCUCCUGAACAGCAAGGUCAUGGAGCUGUUCUUUACUGUACAUCGAAAGAUCAGAGAGGAUUCUGACAUGGCCCAGGACUCGCUGCAGUGCCUCGCGCAGUUGGCGUCCCUGCACGGGCCUGUCUUCCCUGAUGAGGGCGCUCAGGUGGACUACCUCUCCCACUUCAUCGAGGGCCUGUUGGGCACCAUAAACGGGAUCGAGAUAGAAGACUCUGAGGCUGUGGGCAUCUCCAGCAUCAUCAGCAACCUGAUCACCGUGUUCCCUCGCAACGUGCUGACUGCCAUCCCCCGAGAGCUGUUCUCGUCCUUCGUCAACUGCCUCACGCACCUCACCUGCUCUUUCGGGCGCAGCGCUGCACUGGAGGAAGUGCUGGACAAAGAUGACAUGGUGUACAUGGAGGCAUACGACAGGCUGCUGGAAUCCUGGCUGACGCUGGUACAAGACGACAAGCACUUCCAUAAAGGCUUUUUCACCCAGCACGCAGUCCAGGUGUUCAAUUCCUACAUUCAGUGCCACCUCGCUGCACCCGAUGGCACAAGGAAUCUGACUGCCAACGGAGUGGCCUCUCGGGAGGAAGAAGAGAUCAGUGAACUCCAGGAGGACGACCGAGACCAGUUUUCUGAUCAGCUAGCCAGUGUAGGAAUGCUAGGACGCAUUGCUGCAGAGCACUGUAUCCCUCUCCUGACAAGUCUGUUAGAGGAGAGAGUCACGCGGCUCCACGGGCAGCUCCAGCGGCAGCAGCAGCAGCUCCUCGCCUCGCCCGCCUCAGGCUCCGCCGACAGCAAGACAUUAGACGACCUGUACGAGGACAUCCACUGGCUCAUUCUAGUUACAGGCUACCUCUUAGCUGAUGAUACUCAGGGAGAGACUCCGCUAAUACCUCCAGAAAUAAUGGAAUAUUCCAUUAAGCAUUCAUCUGAAGUUGACAUUAAUACAACACUUCAAAUUUUGGGAUCUCCAGGAGAAAAGGCUUCUUCCAUCCCAGGGUACAACAGAACAGAUUCUGUGAUUAGGCUGUUGUCUGCCGUCCUCAGAGUUUCAGAAGUUGAGUCUCGGGCAAUAAGGGCUGACCUCACACACCUGCUAAGCCCUCAGAUGGGCAAAGACAUUGUCUGGUUUCUAAAGCGUUGGGCAAAGACUUACCUCCUGGUGGAUGAGAAGCUGUACGAUCAGAUAAGUGUGCCGUUCAGCACAGCAUUUGGAGCAGACACAGAGGGCUCUCAGUGGAUUGUUGGCUACCUCUUACAGAAGGUCCUGAACAACCUCUCGGUGUGCAGCAGCGAGCAGGGCCUCGCGGAUGACACAGUUCAGCUGCUUGUCACGCUGGUGGAGAGAAGGGAGAGGGCAAACUUAGUCAUUCAGUGUGAAAACUGGUGGAACUUAGCCAAGCAGUUUGCAAGCCGAAGCCCACCUCUGAACUUCUUGUCCAGCCCUGUGCAGAGGACGCUAAUGAAGGCACUUGUCUUGGGAGGGUUUGCACACAUGGACACAGAAACCAAGCAGCAGUACUGGACAGAGGUUCUUCAGCCGCUUCAGCAGCGGUUCUUGAGAGUGAUAAACCAGGAGAACUUCCCACAGACAUGCCAGCAGGAGGAGGUGAAGCAGGAGAUCACGGCCACGCUGGAGGCCCUGUGCGGCAUUGCUGAGGCCACCCAGGUGGACAAUGUGGCCAUCCUUUUUAACUUUCUUAUGGACUUCCUUACCAAUUGCAUUGGGUUGAUGGAAGUUUACAAAAACACGCCAGAGACAGUCAACCUCAUUAUAGAAGUUUUCGUUGAAGUUGCACAUAAGCAGAUAUGCUAUCUUGGAGAGUCCAAAGCCAUGAACUUGUAUGAAGCCUGCCUCACUCUGCUGCAAGUGUAUUCAAAGAAUAACUUGGGGCGGCAGAGAAUCGAUGUCACAGCUGAGGAGGAGCAGUACCAGGACCUUCUGCUCAUCAUGGAGCUUCUGACCAACCUUCUGUCCAAAGAGUUCAUAGAUUUCAGCGACACAGAUGAAGUGUUCAGAGGUCAGGAGCCUGGGCCGGCAGCGAGCAGAUCUGUGUCGGCGGCGGACGUUGUGUUAUAUGGAGUGAACCUGAUCCUGCCUUUGAUGUCACAGGACCUCUUGAAGUUUCCAACUCUGUGUAAUCAAUACUACAAAUUAAUCACAUUUAUCUGUGAGAUUUUUCCUGAGAAAAUACCACAGCUUCCUGAAGAUCUUUUUAAAAGUCUGAUGUACUCCCUGGAACUAGGAAUGACAUCAAUGAGUUCGGAGGUUUGCCAGCUGUGCCUGGAAGCUUUGACUCCAUUAGCUGAGCAGUGUGCAAAAGCCCAGGAGACGGACGCGCCCCUCUUCCUGGCCACGCGGCACUUCCUCAAGCUGGUGUUUGAUAUGCUGGUUUUGCAGAAGCACAGCACGGAGAUGACCACUGCGGCCGGCGAGGCCUUCUACACGCUGGUGUGCCUGCAUCAGGCAGAGUACUCUGAACUGGUGGAAACACUGCUGUCAAGUCAGCAAGACCCAGUCAUUUACCAGAGGCUAGCUGAUGCCUUCAACAAGUUGACCGCAAGCAGCACGCCCCCUGCCCUGGACCGGAAGCAGAAGAUGGCCUUCCUGAAGAGUUUAGAAGAGUUUAUGGCAAAUGUUGGUGGUCUCCUUUGUGUAAAAUAAACAACAGAGCUUUAUGCUGUACCAGACCCUUCCUGCGAAGUGCACUGAAUUGCUGAAAGUUGACUAGAGUCUUGUCCUGUUCAUCAAUCCCACAGCCGCUCGGACUCUGGAGAGCCUGCCAGCUCGGGGUGUGAUGCGGGGAGAGUCGGCUCAAAUCGGCUUCUGCUGUAGGCGUCAGCCGCCGUGCGGCGUAGGGCUUGUACUUUGUCAAAUGAAACUCAGUCUGUGUGCAAACACACGUGGGCACCAGGAAGUACAUCCCCAGUGCCUUUUCCCUCUUUGACAGAGCAUCAGGUGGCCGCCAGCGUCCAGUCUUGUCAUUACAAACAGCUGGAUGUCUGCUUGGCCACUGGCCGUUGACGGCACAUCACUGAGGAGCUGGUUGAAAGGGUAGACCCUGGGGCCCAACCAUGGACCCUCAGAGUUUGUUUGUUGGACCCUGGAUUCUUCAUUUUAACAAGCUCCUCUCCUUUGCCACCCCGCAGCUGUCAGUCAGUGCGGGAGACACGAACGCUUCUAGCAAUGUGUCCCGCGCCCCCCAACCCGGUCCGGUCCUUCCCUGGGAGGGGCAGGUGCUCCGACCAGAGAAGGGCACCAGGGUGGGUGUCUGUGGCCUCUCGUUACCCCCUGUCUGCUGGGUCACGGCAGCCUGACCACUGCAGGUCCUGUGAACCUGCUCUGAUGCCUGAACCAGAGGAGGAAAAUGUGUGUCUAUUUUUGUUCCAUGAAAAUAACUUUAGGAACUGUAGCCAUUUCAUUGCCUUAAUUUUCAGAAGAAAUUACAAAAAGGAGCAGAUUGUUUUAGUAAGAAAUCAAGUCUUGACACUUCAGAGGUGGUUAGGGUGUUGGCUGCUAUGAACCCAGGGCCCGUUCUAUUGUGUUUUUGUGGUUUUAUGGGUGAAAUGAAAGGCUCAUUCAUACCUAGUCUAACUUUCUGAGUACGUUUCUGUUUCUGUCCACCCUUGUGGCCUGUGGCUGAUACUCUGCUCUGAAUGGCUUGCUUAAGCAAUAACUCUUUUUAAGGAUGUGAAUUGCUGGUUCAUACACACACUUAAACGUGGGGAUGUCAGAGCAGUAAUCACCCUCAUUUCACAGGAGCCACAUGAACUUAAGAGAUUAAAAAGUUCACCUUGAUCUCCUUUGAUUUUUUAAUCAGGAUUUGUGUACUGCAGGCGUGUGAUCCUAGCCCCUGUGGGUCAGGACCCACAGCACGGUCACAGGACGUGUGCGGUGCAGGGCCCUGUGCUCUGGUCAGUUACAGGCUCCCAGCCUAUGCAGGCACCACUGGACACAGAGCAAAGCCUCAGCUUUUUGUGGAAUGUUCUCUUAUUCAAUCAUGGCUGGUUAACAACUGAGGUGGAACAGAAACAUCUCAGAAGACAUCUGGGGAAGCUGGUGUCCUCUUCCAGAAGUACACGUAUGACCACCUUCCUGAGACACUUGGGACAGUGCAUUUACUUUUAGGGUUCUCUUUCCUUCCCUUAGAGAACUUGAAGUCAGAGGCAGCAGGAGUCACUCUGUUUCUGUUUGUGUUGUUCUGGUGUUUCAGUGUCCAAGUGUCCUCGGGCCCAGCAGUUGUGAUCUAAAUACAUCCCUGUCCCUCUGCCUAAGGGCGCCAAGAUGCAGCCGACCGGGCCAGUCCUCUGACUGUGACAAGACUGUACUCAAGUUGUUAUUAAAAAAGGAAAGAUAAGUGGAAACAACUCUGCCUUGGUAAACAACAGGGCAUCUGGACAGAGAUGUCUUUGCUAAAUUUGCCCAUAUUCUGUCAUGAUACUGUGUUUUCAUUAGGAACCAUUCAGUUGAACUGAGAGUUUCUUCAGCUUGGACCAAAUGUUACUGAAAGUAUCAUAAGACUGUGGGUUAGUGGCAGACUGGAAGGACUGGCCGCCACCAUGUCUGGGUGGUCGGAGCCAGGCUCUCUCCAGGCAUUUGUGUGUGUCUUUUCCUGGUUGGACACCUGUUUAGCUUGAGUGUUGUGUUUUACUUUGCUAUGUUUGUUGGCUUCCCAGUUUUGGAGGGUUUUGUUGUUAUGGUCUUGGCUGAGUGGGUGUGAAGAACGCUGGCUUAAUUCUAGUAAAUUGAUUUUUACUGUUAAAACUGUUGUCAAAGGAGUUUUAAAAGCAAAAACAUUAUUUGUACCCCAUUUUUAUACAUUCAAGGGACACCGUUGCGUAUUUGAGUUCCUACAUGAGUGUGUUUAUACUUUCUCUGGUUCACGGACGGCGUCCUUUCACCUCCGCUGUCAGCUCUCUUUCUCGGGUUUUAUUUUCCUCGGCCCUUCUGUGUCUGGAGGCGCAGUCCCUGCGGACUCUGUGUAUCUUUGCAGUGUGUAUUCCUGUGACAACCUCUGACAAGCGUUAGCAGCUCUGUGGGAAGGACUGGUCAGCGUGUAGGUUCUGUGUGCAGUCCUGGGCGGCUGGCUGCCUGGGGCACACCUGACAGCAUCUUUUCAACACUGAUUUGGGUCUUCAUGGGCUGGGAAAUCAUGGCAUAUUUCCAAACUUUGCAGUCUUUUUCAAACUAGUUUUAACAAUUUAGUCUUAUUUCCUUGUAAACAGUGUUUUUAACUAUAUUACAUUACUCUGUUCAGAGGAGGUGGUUACUACCUUUUUUUUUUUUUUUCUUCACAGCUUGCAUUUCAAAACCAAACAUCUUUCCCCCAGUCAGCUUUACUUAACUUCCCUUACUGUCUUUGGCUGGAUUUUCUCUUCUACCAAAAAUGUCAAGUCUUUGUAUUUCUGAUAUGACCAUAUUCUCCAUGUCUGUUAAUACUUGUAUAAAUCCCUCAAGUACUGAAGGAAAUGAGUUGUCAGUUUCAAGGAUUUCAAGUUUGAGUAUCUUAAUCUGCAGGGUCUGUUGCACCCUUAAAAUAUUAUUUUCAUAAUUUUACAUGUUUCUGUUUGUCACCUCUGCUGUUAGAGGUGUUGUCAUUAGAUCUUAGUAAUUAGCUGUCUCUGACAAUGAUUCUUGUUAUAAGUUCCUGAAUAAAAUAUUAACUGUUCAGAAGAAGAAACCUCAGUACUUCUUAGGGGUUUUUCAUAACCAGAGAAUAAGGAACCAAUUUGGAAUUUGAGUUCUUAAUAUUAUAAUUUUAUGUAAAUUUCUCUGUAAAACAGCAUAGGUGAUUUGAGGAUAUGAUAAUAAUGUUUUAAAUUAUUUUUAAAUGUAAGUGGAUAUUCUCUGACUUGGUAAUAACUAUGUUCUGAAAACACUGCAUCUAAGAACUCUUUAAAAAUUGAUAUUCUAAAAUUUUAAAAUAUCCAACUUAGGUAUAUUGCUGAGCUGAAAUUAGUUUGAAGUGCUGUAGUUCAAAUUGAACUCUAAACAUUUUAAUUUAGAUGUAAGAAAUGUGACGUAUUCCUGAUCAGUUAUACUGGGAAUCCAUGACAUUUAGCCAAAGACUGUAUUUGGUUCAGGUAAAGAUGAAAGCCUAACGAUGGGCAUCCUCUGUGUCCUGCAGAGGAUGGAUGACGUCAUCUGUUUCUUGUCUCCAGCUCUGUGCACAUUAAAGGUGGAUGCACGGUGGUCCGCAUGUCGGCCCCCACGGCUCUCACCCCAAACCAUCUAUGUCCCGCUUGCCCUCUGUGAUCUGCCCUUCACCUGGUCCCAGAGUUUCCAGCAUUGGAGAGCUUUUGGCCUUGGAUUUUCUUUUCAAUCUGUGUUCUUAGGCUCUCAGCUGUUAGGAGCGGUCAGAAUGUACUGAUGGCUGACUGUCCCAGCUUGACAUUCAGCAGUGCGUCUGUGCUCUGUACCUGAGGGGUAUGUGCCCCACAGUGUCUCAAGCCAGGCUGCCUGGUGUGGUGUCAUCUACCAUGUAAGAUGGUGACAGAUUGCAAAUACUGGUAUUGUGAUUUGGUUCUCUGUACAAAGGAAAAAGCUCCAUGCAGUGAGCUUUUUGGCUUCAUUUCUGGUUUAAUGGUCACAAAAUGUUAGCACUGCUACCAUUCAGCAUGUGUAAAAUUUUUUAAAUUUAUAAAUAUUAAAAUUUUAAACUUAUACUGACUUUUCAGUUUUUUUAAGAGACCCAGGGAUAAGUAUACUGUUUAAAUAUUCACCUCUAUUAACAUUAUUAAUAAAGAUAUAAAGUUGCAUUUAAUUUUUCAAAAGAUGCUAUAGUACAAUUCUAGGAAUUAAAUCAAGGCUGUGUAUUGAGCCAGUUAUAAGCUGAAUAUCAAAUUGAUAAAAUUUUAUUUGUAUUUUUAAAUUCAUAAAUGGGAGUUAAAAUGUCUUCACUAAAUAUUUUUAUUACA